GACUUCGAGAGAUUCAUUAAAGUAUUUUGAUAUCACUCACUGUGAAAGUGAAGUAGUAGUAUUAGUAGAAAAACUGUCUGUUUUUAGUUAAUCAUCAGUUAGAUUUCAAGGCAAAAAAAUAAAAGAAAAUAAUUAGAAAUAAUGGAUUCUGGUUGUGGGUCCGGUGAUGAACAAGAUAUAUCUGAUCCUAACAAUCAAAGGAACAAGAAGAAAAGAUAUCAUCGUCAUUCUCCUCAUCAGAUUCAAGAACUUGAAUCUAUUUUCAAGGAAUGUCCUCAUCCAGAUGAGAAACAAAGGAUGCAAUUAAGUAGAGAUUUAGGUCUCGAACCUCGCCAGAUUAAAUUCUGGUUUCAGAACAGAAGGACCCAGAUGAAGGCACAACAUGAACGAGCAGAUAACAGUGCUCUUCGACAUGAAAAUGAUAAGAUCAGAUGUGAAAAUAUAGCAAUCAGAGAGGCACUGAAACGCGUUAUCUGCCCUUCUUGUGGAAGUCCUGAAGAUUCAUAUUUUGAUGAGCAGAAACUGAGAAUGGAGAAUGCACAUUUGAAAGAAGAGCUUGAUAGGGUUUCCAGCAUUUGUGCAAAGUACAUUGGAAGACCCAUUUCUCGGCUUCCUUCAAUUCAACCGAUAGCUUCAUCUUUGGAUCUUUCUGUUGGUAGUUAUGGUCAUGGAAUGAGUGGUGCUUCAACACUCGAUCUCGACCUUCUACCUGGAUGUUCUUCCUCUAUUGCUCCAUUACCUUUACAGGCAAUAGCCAUAACAGAUAUGGAGAAAUCAAUAAUGACUGAAAUUGCUAAUGCUGCCAUGGAUGAACUUAUUAGACUUUUACAAGCAGGUGAACCUUUAUGGAUUAAAUCACCAAUUGAUGGGAAGGAAAUGUUAAACGUUGAAGCCUAUGAGAAUUCAUUCCCAAGGGCCAACAAUGUAAAAAGUCCGGAUGCUUGUACCGAAGCUUCAAGAGAUUCGGGUGUUGUGAUAAUGAAUGGGUUACAGUUGGUUGACAUCUUUUUGGAUUCGAUCAAAUGGAUCGAAAUGUUUCCGACAAUUGUUGCAGAUGCUCGCACAAUCGAGAUACUCGCACCUGGAAUGCCUGGUAGCCGAAGCGGAUCAUUGCAACUGAUGUAUGAAAUAGUACAGGUUCUUUCACCUCUUGUUCCAAUUCGGGAGUUUUACUUUCUUCGCCAUUGUCAACAAAUCCAGCAAGGAUUGUGGGCUAUAGCAGAUGUAUCCUUUGAUGUAUCCCGAGAAAAUCAAUCUAAUUCUGCUUUUCUCACUAGAAAGCGUCCUUCAGGGUGUUUGAUUGAAGAGAUGUCCAACGGUUACUGCAAGGUUAUUUGGAUAGAGCACGUGGAAGUUGAAGAUAAGUCUCAAAGUCAUCGGCUUUACAGAGAUCUUAUAAACAGUGGUGCUGCGUUUGGAGCCGAACGUUGGCUUGCUGUUCUUCAGAGGAUUUGUGAGAGAUUUGCUAGUCUCUUGUUGUCUAAUCCAAGCCAGGAACUCGUUGGAGUUAUUCCUUCACUGGAUGGUAAAAGAAGCAUGAUGAAGCUUGCACAACGCAUGAUCAACAGUCUGUGUACAAGUAUAUGUGCGACAAACACUAAUCACCGGUGGACUAGUUUGACCGGAGAUAAUGAUACUGGAGUUAGAGUUUCAUUUCAUAAGGGCACAGAUCCAGGCCAACCUAAUGGUGUUAUUUGCAGUGCAACAACCUCUAUUUGGCUCCCUGUUUCUGCACAGAAUGUAUUCAAUUUCUUUAAAGACGAGAGGACUCGACCUCAGUGGGAUGUUCUGUCUGACGGUAAUCCAGUACAAGAAGUUGCUCAUAUUUCAAAUGGAGCACAUCCUGGUAAUUGCAUAUCGGUUCUUCGAUCUAUGAAUGCAAGUCAGAAUAACAUCUUAAUACUUCAAGAGAGUUGCACUGAUCCAUCUGGGUCGAUGGUAGUGUAUUCACCCGUGGAGUUACCAUCAGUGAAUAUAGCAAUGGGUGGCGAGGAUCCAUCGUUUGUUCCUCUUCUGCCCUCAGGGUUUAUUGUCUGCUCUGAUGGCCGAACUGAUCAAGGGGGUGCUUCGACAAGUUCAAACAUCCAAGGAUCAUCAGGAACUGGUUCAUUGGUAACAGUGGCGUUUCAAAUACUUGUGAGUAAUUUACCAACAGCGAAGCUCAAUUUUGAAUCCAUUGCAACUGUUAGUAACCUUAUCAGCACCACUGUUCAUCAGAUUAAAACUGCCUUGAACUGCUCAGGUUCUUGAUCUUGAGUUUAAACCUCUGCAGUCUCUCUCUCUCUCUCUCUCUCUCUCUCUUUCUCUCUCUCAUCAUUAAGACCUUUAUUACAAAGAUCAGAAGUAGUAAGAAGAAAAGCUUAUGAUGGUGGUGGUGGAAUGCAUUCAAUAUGGAGAUUGAUUUAAAUGUUAUUUGUUGGUUGGUCGGUUGGUUUGUUUGGAGAAUUGAUUGCCCAGUUCAUCAAAGAGCAACCGGAAGUAGUUAGUUAUCAUCGUAGCCUACUCCAUCACGGCGCAUCAGAGUUUUUCAGAACACUAUUAAUUCUAAUAUCCAGGGAUUUAUUUUACUAGAGCUAGCAGCAGCCAAGUUCUCGAAGAAGCGAAUGUCUAUAUAGUGGGAGUCAAGAGUCGAACCAUCAUCCUUAUUUAUGCUAUUUGGAAAAAUUUCUUUUCUCUCUAAAACCAAACGGUAGGGGUACUGGUUCGGGAUUUGACUUCCCUAGGAGGGAUAUUUUUAAUGUUAUUCUUCAGUUUUGUUAUUUGAGAUUAAACUUUUUUUAGUGAUGUAUACUCUGAGAAAUCUGAGACUAGAAAGUUGUUUUUAUUCAUUAUAUCAUUUAUUUCUGUGUUCC